AUGACAGAGAGCCAGGAUUUGAACGGGGGUUUGUCCGGAAAAGGUCUCAGGGAAAUCAUUCGCUUGAUCCAAUGCAAGCAUUGCUCUCGUCUGCUGCAGUCUCCUGUGAGAUUGCCGUGCCAGGAGACCAUUUGCCAGGGAUGUCUACCUUCAUCUCACCCAAGGACACAUAUCACCUAUUCCAUGGAUAAAGAACGGGAACAAGGAUUCUACUGCACAUUGAAGAAAGCCGACGGUGCAGCUUCGGAUGCAGCCGAGUGUGGAGUGGAGCAUGCACUGGCUGACUGUGGUCUAGUUGUGGCCUUGGACCAAGUGAUGGAGGUCUUUGCCGGUAGAAUGAAUAAAUUGUUCCUAUCUAAUGAAGCUCCAACCAGUGAGAUUCCCUUUACCGUCGAAACCGUCGACUCUACAAAUCUUUUGCUAAGGCUCGAUGACCCAACCCUCCCUUUAACUGCGGCCUAUGGCAGCGCGCUUGUCGCCUUAUACAGGCUUGCGGAACAUGGCAAGUUGCCGUUUGAAGCUGAGGUUACCUACGAAACCAAACUAGCUAUGUUGGAUAAGCUAGAUGUGGAGGUUUUUGAUGAUCUGAGACAAGCUUUUAAUAAUGAGUUGGAUUGUCAGAUCUGCAUGGCCCUCAUGGUUGACCCUUGCACGACGCCAUGCGGCCACAGCUUUUGUCGCCUGUGCCUAGGACGAGUAUUAAAUCAUGCAGACCUGUGCCCUAUCUGUCGCAGAACAUUAUCAGGCCAUUUGCCUUCCAGCCCGGAAAACAUACGCCUUGGUAGGCUAAUCGCGGCUUUCUUCCCCUCCCGAUUAGCGGAACGGAGAGCAACCAUAAAGGAAGAUGGAAGCGAAGAAAUCGACGAAGUUCAAGUGCCUCUCUUCGUCUGCACGGUUUCCUACCCUUCCGUGCCGACGUUUCUCUUCGUUUUCGAACCUCAAUACGAAUUGAUGAUACGACGUGUCAUGACAAGAAACCGUCGCAGGUUCGGCAUGGUAAUGCCAAAUAGAACGCCGUUGGAUCCAGAAGCCACUGGGAACCGCGCACAGUUCUCGGAAUAUGGAACAUUACUUGAAAUUGACAGACUGCACCCGCUUGGAGGAGGAAAAUCCAUAGUUCGCGCAACCGGUCAAUAUAGGUUUAAAGUCCUAGAAAGCACCAUGGUUGAUGGGUACGCUGUUGGAAAAAUAGAGCGCGUCGAGGAUAUUUCUCUUACAGAAGAAGAAAGACGUGAGGCAUCCGAGUUGCGGCGGUCAGUUCAGGCAGCAGACGUUACAAGUGACGAGUUUGACAGACUUUCUACUCACCGUCUCUUCCAAAUUGGAGUUACGUAUCUUGCCAAAUGCCGGGCAAAUAAUGCUAGUUGGCUUGAUAGUCAAAUUUACAGAUUAUACGGGCCACCGCCGCCAGACCCGCGAACCUUUUCGUACUGGUUCGCUACCGUGCUCCCGAGACCGGUGGAGGACCGGUAUGCUCUGCUUCCGAUCACAAGCACUCGAGAACGAUUGAAGCUUGUUGCGAGAUGGAUUAAAAAACUUGAAAGCGGAGAAUGGGUGCUAGAAUCCCCCUUCACUAUUCCUCGUGCGGACCUUUUUCUAGCCGCUGUCCGACCUGUCUCUUCGUCCGUCCUGAAGACCUUGCGAGCCGUUUUGGGCAUUCUCUUCCUCCCUCUUUUGAUGCUGUCCAUUUACAAUUUCGCCACAGGAGGUUCCGACAGUGAGCCCUCUUCCACUAACCUAUCGCUGUCUAUCCUGCCAUUUUCAUUCUCGUUCGCGCGCACCUACCAUGGUUCAUCCUCAUCAGCCAGCCGGGCUAGAGAACAAGGCAACACGUUAGUUCGGCAUAGAAUUGACCCGACCGUUGGCUUUGUCCAUCCCGAUUAUAUAGAGCGGGAAAAUGUCUCCGCCAAGAUCGUUUUAGGAGGCAUAUUUAUCGUGUGCAUUGCUAGGGUUGUCCGUAGCGUUUUGGAGGUGGUGAAAUUCCAAACAGAUCGGGCGGAGAGAGUGCGGAGACGUGAGGGAGAAUUGGCAGCAUAG